UUCUGAUUACUGCCGAAAGCAGCUUGGGAAGAAUGUUGUGCCCAGGUUGCGGUGCCACAGAACGAGGUAGAUCAUGUCCAGAUAAUCUGACAUUCUCGCUUCUGCUGCCGGCUUGGGCGUUGACCCCGCGUGCGAAGCCCUCGACCUGCGGACAUUUUGGACACACCGGCCCAUGUCAACCCACGGUGAGCUCGGAGACCAACUGCAGCCCCAGGCCAUGUACAGGACCUUGUAUAGUUGGUCCCCGCCAGAGGAUGGACUAUGGAUCGCCCUACAGUGUGCAGCUGCAGAAAUGUCAGUCGGUGGCGCUUGCUUCCGCUCAUCGAACGUGGUGGCUGAAUGCCAUUCGAUGUCAUAAUCUGGAGAAGCGCUCGUUCAGCGGUAUGCGGCGUUUCCCGGGUCCAUGUUCACUGGCAUGACAACUGUGCUCGAGAUCACAGCUUCGAUCAGCUCACUAUUCUUCUGCAGGGCCACAUGAGAGUAGUAGUCCCAGGAUGCAAAUGAUGCGAGAUUCUUGGGUGAGGAGCUUGUGCGAGGCGGCCGGGCAGGGAGGGACGAGGAGAAGGUGAGCCCCUGCAACCAUGAUCAGCGGGGGACUCCAAUGCGAGCUAUAUAAGCUCGGACGGGCUUGGCAGAAGUACAACUCGUUCAGUGCUUUCGGAGCACCGCUGGCCACUUUCAUGCUCUGAGUUCUCGCUCGCUCGUCAGGAAGCAGCCAAUCAAUCUCGUGUUGAUUGCUUUCGAGAACCUCAUGGCGAGAUUCCAAGACCUGGCGGUGCUCCAGUCUGUUGCAUGUGCGUUGGCCUUCGUGCUCUUGGGCAGCAACCCGGCGAUGGUUGAGGCAUACCCUGCAGCUUGGGACGUUACCACUUGGACUGACUCGCACGUAACUUUUUACGGUGCAAGCGAUGGCAUUGAGACUAUGGGUGGUGCUUGCGGAUACGGAAACCUUUGGUGGCGAGGAUAUGGGCUCGAGACCGCUGCUCUGAGUGACACUCUUCUCAACGACGGGCUCACAUGCGGAGCUUGUUAUCAAAUCAAGUGCAACAUCGCCAGUGGAGGGUACAGCACCAAAUGGUGCUAUCCCAGCAACCCCACCAUUCAGGUAACCGCAACGAAUCGGUGCCCUCCCAACUGGGACCGACCCACGAAUGCUGGAGGAUGGUGCAACCCUCCCAGGACUCACUUCGAUCUGCCUCUGGUGAUGUUCGAGCGCAUGGCUCAAGCAGUCGCUGGAAUCAUCCCCGUCAAGUAUCGCAGGGUGCCGUGCGUAAAGUCUGGCGGCAUCAAGUUUUUUCUCGGUGGGAACCCAUGGUUCAACCUUGUUCUCGUCUACAACGUAGCCGGAGGAGGAAAUGUGAAGAACAUGCAGAUGAGAGGGGACAAGACUGUCUGGUACACCAUGAAGAGGAACUGGGGUCAAUUUUGGGAAUGUCCCAUCGGAUUCAGAGGCCAGAAGCUUUCCUUCAUCGUCACCUUGUCCAAUGGACAGGUGCGAGUCAUCAACAACCUCACUACAGAGCUGUGGUACUUUGGACAGACCUACGAGGCACUGACGAACUUCUGAUCAUGAGCUUCGAGGCUCAUGAUUUGCUGCUGAUUCAACCUCUCAUUUGAUCGAUCCUCGAUCAAAAGUGUCGUGGAUGGGCUGGAUUCAUCGUCCGACUGCUGCAGCUUGGAGCUACACGUUCAUCCACGACUCAAGAUUUCACGUCUAUACGUUAGACACAUAAUACGAUAUCUGACAAUAACUCUCGAUUUAACUUCACAUCGAGCGAGCUCCGAGCCUCCAGUUCGAGCUAGCUUCACGAGUCCACUCGAGAUGCAAGGAGUAGACGGACUCCAAGAGUUUCGGCCUCACCUUUAAUUAAGGGCAUGGUCAACAUCCGAGUAGUGAUGAUAGAAUGUUUGACUUAUUUAUCCCGUCUGAACACCACUCUACCACUCUGCGGUGCAGCUCCGAAUUCAACUUGCUCGACUGUGCAGCAUGCGGAACAGACGAGGCGUGUGCAUAUAUUCUGCGCCCGCUGUUAAAUGGGACAAUGAGGAGCGAACUCACAGUCAUUUGCGCUGCAGUAGCUGGUCCAGUCCGGCGAUGGCUUCCAGACAAGUUAUCUAAAAUGUCUGCAACGUAGUUAAUCCGUAAUGCAUCUAAAUUAGAGAUUCACACGCAUGUGUACAAAUAUGCCUGUUUAGAUCACUCGAGCUAAGAAAUUCUUUCAGGUUUCUGUCGAUUGAAGGACAGAUUCCUACAGUUUAAUAAGUCCAUUGCUGCAGCUUAGAUCUCCGAGCUCAGUAGUAGCAGUCAGUCAGUUCUUCAGUCUCUGCUACGUGCUUCAGUCUUAGAGGGCGAGAUCUGUCAACUCUCAAACAUCCGCUGUAGUUGGUUUAGUUUCUGUAUCAUUGCAGAUGGGGACCUCAUACUGUCCGCUGUAGCCUUGGUGGCUUCAAAAUUUGUUGCAUGCCUCAUGCUGCCCAUUCCAAUAACCAAAGUCACG